AUGGCUACUAGCGAGGAAUGGCAGUGCAGGAAAUUUGAAAAUGGGUUGAGAAGUGACCUGAAAGUAUUGAUAUCGAGUUUGUGUAUCCGGUCUUUUCCUGCUAUGGUUUUGGAGAAAAACAUGGCAGAAGCGGAACGUCAGAAGAGGUCGCAGCAAGUGAGUAGAGGACCGAUGGUGUCCAGGGGAGGAGCUGUACAGAGGAGACCUCCUUACGCUCGUCCAAAUCAGUCUUCUCAGACGAGCGGAUCUCAAGCAGUAGUUCCUGUCGGACAGUCUGGACAGGGAGGUGUUGUUUGUUUCCGGUGUGGAGGGCCACAUUAUAGAUCUUCAUGCCCUCUUUUGGUGGGAGUCAAGUACUGUAAUCGUUGUGGGAGAAACGGACAUUCGGAUCAUGAGUGCAAUAUGAGUGGGCGUGCGGUGAUGAGGCCACCCAAUGCUGGAAGGAAUCAGGCGAGAGGAGGACGAGCCCAAGCUAGUGGGCGAGUGUAUGCUAUAACGAGCACUGAAGCAGCAAGCUCAGGUAACCUUGUAAUUGGUAAAUGCAUGUUGUAUGGUAGAUCAUGCUGUGCUUUGUUUGAUUCGGGGGCAACGCACUCCUUCAUCUCGAAGGCGUGUGUUGAAAAGCUGGGAUUAGAAGUGAGCGAGAUGCAGUUUGAUCUG